AUGCGUUUCACUACUCUUGCCGUAUUUUUUGCAUGUGCUUUUGUAGCAUCAGGCAGUGUUCUUCGUGAAAAGAGACAAUGUGGAUGUGCCCAGCCCCAGCAGAGCCAAUGCUCAUGCCAGCAAGUUCAACAAACGCAAUCUUGCUCGUGUCAAUCUGCUCCAGUACAACAACAAGCACCAUCCUGCUCUUGCGCUCAACCACAACAAACUCAAACUGUUCAGGUACAAUCCUCCCAGUGUGCACCAGCCUGCCAACAAAGCUGUACCCAGCAGUGCCAAUCAUCCCCAUCGGUUUCUCAGUGCCAACCAGUUUGUCAGCAACAAUGUCAAUCCCAAUGUGCUCCAAUGUACAACCCACCAACCACCACAACUACGCAAACCCCAAUUGUCCAAUGUCAACCAAUGUGCCAGCAACAGUGUCAAUCCACAUGUGUCCAACAACAACAACAAGUUGCCCAAUGUCAACCACAGUGCCAACAACAGUGCAAUGUUGCUUGUGAUGCUCCAACCACCACCACCUCUGCUCCACAAGUAAUCCAAAUCCAACUUGAGAUUCAACAAGCUCAAGCCCAAUGCCAGCCAGCCUGUCAGCAACAAUGUCAAUCUUCAUGCGUCCAGCAACAACAGCCAUCUAACCAAUGUGCAUCUUCCUGUGAUUCCCAAUGUUCAAAUGUCUGCCAACAAACGGCUCAAGCCACCCAACAAGUCAUCUACGGACAGAACACGAAUACUCAAAUGUACGAUUCAUACAACAACCAAGGACAACAACAACACGCCAACUGCGCCCCAGCUUGCCAACCAACUUGUGAUAAUUCAUGCAUCCAACAAACCGUUGCUCCAAUGUACAACCCAACUACCACAGCUGCUCCACAAGUUGUCCAGAUUGUUCUUCAAGCUUCCGUUGCUCAAUCUGCUCAAUGCGCCCCACAAUGUGAACAAUCCUGCCAACAACAAUGUGUCCAACAACAACAACCAGUGUCCCAAUGUCAAACCGCCUGCCAAUCAUCUUGCUCAAACUCAUGCCAAGCAGCUCAACCAGCUACUGUUCAAUGUCAGCAAGCUCCACAGACAAAUCAAUGCUCUUGCCAACAGAACUACUCUCCAUGUGGAAACGGACAAUGCUGCCGCAGAAAGUAA